UUUAGGAACCAAGUGAUGAGAAAGAAGCUGAUUUUGUUUUUCAAGAGACGGAAUCAUGCCAGAAAACAAAGGGAGCAGAAGAUCUGCCAGCGCUACGACCAACUGAUGGAGGCCUGGGAGAAGAAGGUGGACCGGAUUGAAAACAACCCCCGGCGGAAGGCCAAGGAAAGCAAAACCCGGGAGUAUUACGAGAAGCAGUUCCCGGAGAUCCGGAAGCAGCGGGAACAGCAGGAGAGAUUCCAAAGGUGAGGCAGGGCCAAAGAGG